CAAGGUGUUAAAUCAUCGUACUCAAGGUGUUAAAUCAUCGUACUCAAGGUGUUAAUACCCACAUAAACAAACAGCAACAUACACUUCAUAACGACACAAACAAACAAACACCCACAUGUAAACACAAUUGGUGAUGUCAUCUUGUCUGCCACAGUUUAGACAUUUAGCAUCACUUGUUUAAACUUCCCUUCCUCCUACCUGAACUACACCUGGCUGGCUACCUGGAGCUAAUAUAGUCACCAUCCAAGUCACAGUAGCUCCGGUAAUCCACUCUGUGACUUACCAUACAUAAACACCGUCUACCACCUGAGGCUCAGAAACCAUCCCCGGACCCUGGAGUUCCUUCCGGGUUGAUCGACAAAGAAGAUCUGUGAUUGGUUGACUUCUCCCACCGUUCACCGACCAAUGGGAGGCCUCCGAGACUGGACAUUUCUGCCCUUCCUCUUUGCUUUCUACGAGGCAGGGCAGACACUUCAGAUCACAGGUAUAGGUGUACCUCCGACAGCCACCGCGGGGACACGGUCACUCUUUCGUGUUCCUUCGAGCUGAGCGGAGACGAGCUGUACUCCCUCACCUGGUGGAAAGACGACAAGAUCUUCUUCAGUUACGUCCCCACCAACAAACACCCAAAGACACCAGGCAUUACUGUAGACAAGAGCAUCUCGACACUGCACGAGGUGGUACUGUCACACGUUGAUCACCGCGCCUCGGGUAAACUCCGAUGUGAAGUAUUGGCAGACAAACCGACCUUUGAACAGGACACAAUGGACGCCAACAUGACCGUCAUUGACAUCCCGGCCCGGGGUCCUACCAUCACAGGUCGGCGAGACAUCUACCAUGUUGGCGACCUUCUGCUGUUGAACUGUUCCUCGCCAUACUCCUUCCCUCCCACCACACUCUCCUGGCACAUAAAUGGCCACCUGGCAUCGCGAGAGACAGUGGUGGUGUACCCUGGGGAGACGGACAGUGAAGGGUGUGAGGCCUCCUGGUCUGGUUUACAGAUGAGGCUUCACAGGGACCACUUCCAGGAAGGUGUGCUCAUCCUCCGCUGCACAGCUUCCAUCCUCCACGUGUACAGGCUCUCCACGGAGGUUAUGAUCACAGACUCCAACUAUAUCGAGAGUUCGCCAAGGGAGAGCCCCUCUACUGGUGGUCAGUCAUUGGCGCUGCCGAGAACAGGCUUUAUGUCCAUUGAUAGAUGCGGGCUGCUCUUCCAUGUUGGUGCUGCUGUUACUCCUACCAUUACUGCUCUCCACCUUGGGUACCUGAGGUCAUUGUUCCCAUGUGCAGUUGUCCUUGCCGUCAUCAUACACAAGACUGUAGUUACGAUAUUAGUCAUUUGGUAUUUUAUAAAGCUUUCAGUGUGACCACAGUAGCUACCCAGAGUUACUGUAAUGGUCAGGAGGUUGAGGUUGGACAAACCUUCUUUAAACAUUUGUAUUAUAUAUUUUAUGUACUGUAGUUACAGUUAUGGGAGGCACACAGCUGGCCAAGUUCUUCUGGAGAAAAAUAGAAUAAUUUAACUUGUGGAAGUAAUGGAUGGUAAAAAGUUAGGCAGUGUUUACAGGUGAACAGUGAUUGUCCUUACAUUGCAUAGUAUUUUUGUUAGUGAUUUGUAUUUUUAUUUAAUUACUAUUAUGGUUACUUCCUUAUCAGUAUUAUUGAAUGAUUUUGAAUGACACGAUGUUUACUAACUACAGAAUACUCUCGAUUUAACGGAAUCCGAUACAGUAUAAUGAACUCUCGAUUUAGUGGAAGGCAUUUUUUCCGUUAUUUUUCGCUCGAUUUAGUGAACUAGUUUGCUAAAUCAAGAUUAAUUCUGUCAGUAUGCUCACACCUACAGAGACACCUCAGACACAUGAUACAAUAAAAUCUAUUUCAGCCUACGGUGACUGUAUAGAAAUUAUAAAUAUUGAUAUGAAAAGCACCAUAUAAGAGGAACCCCUCAUUUUAGCAGGGAGCAUUUAGGAAACUGGUACCAGUUAUAUACUUUUUACAUUUACUCUUAGACUAUGCAUUCUUAAAAUGAGCUAUGAAUAUAUAUAUAUAUUGAUAAAACCACACAGGAAAGGGAACCACUGGAGCACCUUAGCUUUCGUCUUUAUUCGAGAUCUUGACAGGCAACCGAAUUUACGGGGACUGAGAGAGGCAUAGAACAAAGGGUAACCUUACAUAACAUCAGGUCAAGUUAGUAACAUGGGAUCCACUCACCAUCUCCACCGCACACAAAAGAAAAGCUUAUAAAAAAUGAGAGACGUAACAAGUAAGGUCAAGUCGGGUCAAAAUCUUGAGACCUACUAAUCAUCUACCCUACUUUUAACUCAAAUGCUUUCAAAGCAUUUUUAACCUCGGGGCCACUGACAAAUAAAUUUAUGUAACAUGUCAGUUUUGUACUGGCCAUCACUACGAUUUAUAGAAUUCAUUCCCCUAAACAUAUUUGCUUCAACCAGAAGUGUUUCUGUAACACAUGUUGAUUUAGACACUUCUAUAUUGUCUUCCCAAUACAUGGGAUGAUUAUUGUUCCUUGUAUGAACGAAAGGUGCACUGCUUUCAGAUGCUGCUCUAAUAUUAUACUUGUGUUGUUUUAUUCUAUGUUGCAAUACCUUCCCAGUCUGACCUACAGAACAUAUUUUCUGUUACAAUUGUUACAUGAAAUACAGUAAACACUUCCAUUUACAUUCAAGGUUGGGCUAUUCUUAAUUAACAUAAUAUAUAUAUAUAUAUAUAUAUAUA